AUUUUGAACAGCCAUUCAUUAAUAAACCGGAGACUCUUCUUAUCUACAAGAAGGAAAAUAUCUGUGUCCCGUGCCUGGUAUCCAUUCCAGAUCUUAACAUCACUUUGCUGUUGACAACUUCUGUCAUCUAUCCCGAUGGGAAGAACAUUCUCUGGGAUAACAAAAGAGGAAUGCUGGUCCCCACUCUACUGAUCAAGGACUCCUGGUUUGUUCAGUGUGAAACUCUCAUUGAUAAGAAGCCCUUCAAAUCUGGUUUCUUCAUUGUCCACAUUGCAGGGAAUGAGCUGUAUGACAUUCAGUUGUUUCCAAGGAAGGCCAUGGAGCUACUGGUGGGAGAAAAACUCGUUAUCAACUGCACGGUAUGGGCUGAAUUUAAUUCAGGAGUUGAUUUCCAGUGGGAUUAUCCUGCAAAACAGAUGAACCGGAAAGUCACAGAACUGCCUGAGAGGCGGUCCCAGCAGACACAUACUGAACUCUCCAGCAUCUUGAUCAUCCAAAAUGUGAGCCAACAAGACCUGGGAAAAUACACAUGCAAGGCUAGCAGUGGGGAGCAGAACUUGAAGGAGAGCAUAGAUGUCAUCGUGCAUGAGAAGCCAUUUAUCUACGUGGAAUGGAGAAAGGGCCCAGUGAUAGAAGCAACAGUGGGAGAUGAAAUUGUGAAGCUACCAGUAAAAGUGGUUGCCUAUCCCCAGCCUGAGUUCCAGUGGUUUAAGGAUGGAAAGUUAAUUUCCAACAGGCAAUCUCAAUAUUCCCUCCAGAUCAAGGAUGUGGCAGAGCAAAACGCUGGGUCUUAUAUGCUGGUCCUGAAGAAUGGGUUGGCUGGACUGGAGAAGAGCAUUAACCUUCAACUGGUGGUCAAUGUUCCUCCACAAAUCCUUGAGAAAGAAGCCUCUUCACCAAACAUUUAUUCUCGUAAAAACCGGCAUGUACUCACCUGCACCGUCUACGGCAUUCCAGCUCCAGAAAAGAUACAAUGGCAGUGGAGGCCUUGGACACCUUGCCGAAUGUUUCCCCAGCACAGUCUCAGACCAAGGGCUGUACAACGCCAUCAGCGGGACCGGAUGCCUGAAUGUAAGGACUGGAAGGAUGUGUCACAGAUGGAUGCUGUGAACCCCAUUGAAAGCAUUGACACCUGGACAGAGUUUGUGGAAGGAAGGAACAAG